UUGCUUUUGCAUCUUUCGAUUCUUCGAUUUCGACGGAAAAUGUCGGAUGUCGUCUCGGUCGUAAACGAAAUUUCCUCCUUUUAACGGUUUUUAACGCGAUCUCAAGUGGAUUUUUCUAAAUCUGGACAAUAUAUCUCGUCCGACCACGUAAUACGGUUCGCCAAAUAGUGUCCACACGUCCGGCUCAAUUUCACCAAAAUAUUUUCCAUCGGGGCGUUUUGACAGCUGUCAAAUUCGUGGAGGGCGUAUGCAUUCUUGCUUUUGCAGUGAUUUUUUUAAAUAAUUUAUUUUUAUAAAAGAAAAUUACGGGUCGUGGCGCGUUUGAAAUUAGCCAGCAAGUGCCUUCGAAGUUCUAGUCAAAAUUUCGGUCCACAAAUUCGAGGACACCCACAAGACUCACAAUUCAACUAGUGGCGCCCUCACGGGAGUAGCGCGGCACUUUCACCACCAACAAAACACGCAUAUUCAGCACGGUCACCAUCAGUCGUCACCUGCGGGGGCGCAACAUCAGUACACAGGCGCCGGAGGAGCACCGCUAAAAGGGUGCGCCUUAGGUGCAUCCAUGGCCACCCAGCAUCAAACGCCGGGGGUCUAUCGCGGCCAGUGGAGCAGCGUAGGGGCGGGGCAUCAGCAUCCGGCCGCCGCGACGGUCAGCGCAGCCGCGGCCGCCUAUCAGCCGGCUUAUCAGCGGUACGCGUCUGCCGCCCCGGCGCAGGCCCAACAGCCGCCCCCGCCGUCUGCCCAACCGCAGAACCAACAACAGAUUUCUUAUAGUAACGCGACCGCCAACUACAACAAUACCAAUUCGUACGGAACCCAGCGCGUUCCGACAGCUACGUCGCCUUCAAACGCGAGCAGCACCAGCAGCCACAGCGGCGGCGGCCAACAACAGCAGCCACACCAACAACAGCACCAGGCGAACCCCGUACAGACCGGCAACAUGCAGCAGCAACAGCAACAACAAAAACAGCAACAGCAACAAAGCAACGCGGUCAACAAUUCGGUGUCUUCGAACGGGUCAGCUCAGAGCCACUCCGGCUCCGAGCAACUUAGCAAGACCAACUUGUACAUAAGGGGAUUGAAUCCCGGUACGACCGACAAGGAUCUGGUCAACUUGUGCCAAGAGUACGGCACGAUCAUUUCUACCAAAGCUAUAUUAGAUAAAAAUACCAAUAAGUGUAAAGGUUAUGGAUUUGUCGAUUUCGAGAGUCCGGUGGCUGCCGAGGUGGCCGUCAAACAGCUGACUGCCAAAAACAUUCAGGCGCAAAUGGCCAAAGUGGGUAUAUGGUAUCAUCAACGUAGACAAGCCACUCAACAAGAGCAGGACCCAACAAACUUGUACAUCGCUAAUUUGCCGCCCACAUUCAAGGAGGCCGAUCUGGAGACUUUACUAACGAAAUAUGGACAAGUUAUAUCUACUAGGAUCCUUCGUGAUUCGCAAGGCAUAUCGAAGGGUGUAGGAUUUGCCCGUAUGGAUUGUAGAGAGAAAUGCGAACACAUCAUUCAAAUGUUUAACAACCACAUUUUGCCCAAUUGCAAGGACCCUCUAUUGGUCAAGUUCGCUGACGGUGGAAACAAGAAAAAGAACCUCUACAAUAAGAGUAACGACAAUUCAAUGAAAUGGCGCGACUCCGCCGACAGUAUGGGUCCGAUCGCGUAUCCACCCGACGCUAUAGCGACCAACGGGGUUGCCGGCCAACACAUGAUUCAAGCUUACAAUUACAGGCAUCUCGCUCAGUAUCCCACCCAGUACCAGCCGUGGAUACCGCAGUACGCGGUGAUGCAGGCGCCUCUACAGCAAGUCGACGACGGCGGGUACAGCCUACAGGGGCCGGUGCAGACCCGGGACGGUCACCAGACUCCGCGGGCCAUCGGGUACGUGCCCGGUUGCGUGCCCGGGGAUGCCGCUUCCAUGCAGUACAUCCCUCAACUGGCCACGCAAAUGAGCACCAUGCAAAUUCAGCCGCAUGGAUCUUAUAUUACUACACCACAGAAUUACUUCGCCGCCCCGUACCCGAUCCUGCACGCGGUCCCGGUCGACUCGGAGCACACCAGCAACACCGCCAGUCCCGAGGAUCCCUACGGCCCCUAUCAAGCCGCGCCCCAAAAGUAAACUAGUAGCACGAUAUUGUAAAAAAAAAGGUUUAAAUAUUGUGGUGGAAACCGUCGGUUUCUCUUUUUUUCUUCGAUUUAUUUUUUUUUUUGUUAGGGGCUACUUAGUUUUACUUAGGGACAGACUAUAACCCUCUUUUUCUUUUUGUCGCUUCUACUAUCAUACGAAAUUCCUUUGUCAGUGCCAUCGAGUCUCUUCUGUUUUGUUGUUUGCUUGGAGUAUAAGGCUUUCGAUCUGUUAUAAUUUUCAUUUUAACAGUUAGUUUCACAUGGCAGAUACAGUACUUAUUUUUUUUUGUUUGGCUUUUGCUCCAUCGACUAGCCUUAAGUAUAAAUAGGAGUAGCCUUUGAACAGAUCAGGUAGGAAUGUUUUUAAAGCCCCGGUGCUCGUUUUUUUUUUAUUUAGAGCUCCCGGGUAUGUUAAAGAGACUGUUUAGCUAAAAAUGAUCGGCUCAGAAGGAGUUAAUAAUGAAUAUUUAAAUUUAAUUUAUGUAUUUUUUUUUUGUUGAGAUUAACGUGGUUGGUUUUAAUGCACAUUGAACUGUGCUAGUAGAGUUUUCAUUGCUGUAAAGGAGCGGGAAUAAUUUGCCUCUUCUAUGGGGUGACUAAGUGAGGGAAAUAAUUGUAUAUACAGGGUUGGUUUAAAAAGAAAAAAAUUAUGUACUGUCGUUUCUACCCUAUGUAGGGUUAGGUUUUUUAAAUUAAUUCUGUAUAUUUUUACAAAUGUUUUUCCCUAGGUGAAUAUUCCCAGGUAUUGUGCUAUAUCAAGUUAACUUAAAUGCACACAUCAGUUAUUUUGUAAAUUGUUGCUAACGUAGGUUAUUACAAGUUUUUAAGUAACUUUACAAUUAAAAAAUUUGUUACAAAAAAGAACUGAAAAUGUAAAGUAGAUAUUUUUGAUACACUAUGUUCCUAGUUUCAAAAAAAAAACAUUGUAUUGAAAAUAUGUCAUAAUUAAAGACUCUGUGUAAGAAAACGGGCAUGGAUAAGGAGGGAACGAUAUGGUUUUUUUUCCAGUAGGAUUUGUAUAUAUUGUAGUAAAAAAAAGACACGUUUCUUACACAGGUUAUUUAUAAAUAAAUAAAUACAUAAUUAUACUGACACAAUUUAAGCAGAGUGUAGAUUAAAAUAAAUUUAAAAAAAAAAGGAACAUGGGACGUGCAAAUUUUCAAAAUAGGCUCCGCACCUAAAUUAUCAAAUAUCGAUUAAACUUAGUUAUCUAGUCAGAACAAUAUUGUGAAUAGAGUACGGACAAGAAAGGAUAAAUUAUUAUUUAUUGAUUGUAGGUAAUGCUGUUAGGAAUCGUUAUGGUUUGACAUUGUUUGGAUGACAGGAGUAAACCGUUUAUGGUUCUUUUAGUUGUUGUUUUUCAGUUAUAAAUAAUGCUUUUGUAAUAUUUGUUUACUAAAUGAUCUCCGAAGUCACAGCUUGAAGUAGUUUAGUUCAGAAUAUAAUUUUACUCAAGCUGCUUUUUUAAACACUACUUUAAUAAUAUAGAGGGUUCAAGGGAGGUUUAUGAAAGUAUUUGGUGUUUUUUUUGGAAGUUGAAGUUUAUUUUAUACUUAAAUUUCAUAUAAACAUUUUGACUUGCAAUUUGAGAAAUCGAGAUGGUGCGGGUAUUUUGGAAUAGUAAGUAAUGUGUGAUAAUAAUCACAACUUUAUUUAACACGUUGACUAUCAGGUCUUUUUGGGAAUUUUUGCUUUCAUGAAUCAAGGCCUUGACCCGCUAAUAAAGGUCUCAGCGAUAAAAUUUUACGCUUCUUUGAUGCCGUUCCAAAAAGGACCUCGUAAUCAAGCAAUAGAUGCUACCUCGCUGGGCUCUUUUAGUUACUGAAAUGAGGAUUGAUUUUAUAAAAGCUACAUCUUUAUCGGCGAUUUUAUUCUCGGAUAAAUGGAUAAAUGUUAAUAUAGUCGGAAAUCUAUUUCUGGACAUAAUAUAAUGCACCGAGGAAUGUCUAGUCGCAUAUAGCGCGAAAUAACAAAAAAAUUCUUCAGUUCUUGAAGAGAAACGUUCUUCCAAUUUGACCUAUACCUUCUGGCGUUUUUGUUUGUUCCCAAUGUUAUUAAAUUUUAUUUUUCCUGCAUCAAUAAAUGAAGAGGUCAGAGAUGAUCCAUUUACUUCAUUCUAGUAUAUGAUGGUAGGCUUAACUAACUCUGAGAAUUGAUAUUUUUGGAUUUACUUCCAAGAUUUUCAUCUAAAAUCAGAAGAUUUUCUUACAAAGUAUAUAUCUUCUUACUUGGAAUUCAUAUCUUACUACUUUUGAACUUUUACCAAAAGAUAAAACUAUAAGUGAAUAAUACUAAAAUUUAAAAAAAAAACGCUCAAAAUCAACGUGCAAAACAUAGUCAGCAACAUUUGUGAAGUGAAAAUAUGUAAGAUUAUAUAUUUUUCGCGGACAUAAGCUACGUUUACAACGCGCGGAUCUGUUAGGUCCAGGGAUCAAAUGAGGCGUUGAGAACAAGAGCGGACUAUCCCUGACUGACUUUAAAUGGUGAUAAUUAGGUUUAAAAAAUAUGUAUUUUUUUGUAUACGUCUAAAAGGUUAUAUUUGAAUUUAAUUUAUGUUGCAAUACUAAAGAUUAUAUAUUUUUUAAUGUAUCUAAGAAAAUAAUUAUAGAAGUUUAAUUAAUUUCCAUAAUGGACUAUAACCAAAUAAUGCAAAUUAUACAUUUUUUUACAUAUUUUUAUUUCAAAAUGAACAAUUAACUUAAAACGAUACAAAAAAAAUAAAAGUUUUUUUCUGCAAAAACAACGAGAAAGAUAUUCAUUUUCUAAAGAAAGAGAGAGAAAAACUAUUCAUCAUUUUUAUCAACUAUAAAAAUUUUAUCCCGUGCUGCUGACGAACAGUUUAAAGAGUGAAAAAAAUUGUGAUAAACUGGCGGAAUGAACUCAAUUAACUCUAGAAGAUCUUUUUUUUUCGACAGUUACACAGUGUCCGGUAGGGUAUAAUAAAGGCAAAGAUCCUUUGAAACAUUUCUUUUUUGAACAUUAAACUUUUGAAAGGGUUGAGUUUCGCUUAUACCGUAUUUAAAAUAAAUUAUAAAUGGAUCCUCUUUUUUUAUUAAAUACAGUGCAUUUUCAACCAUUCUACUUUUGUAGAAUCUUAACUUAUUUUUCUGUUUGUAAUUAGUUUUUCUAGGCCGACUGUAUAAAAAAAAAUUGUUUUGGUUCAUUUGAACAACUUUAAAAGGAUUUUUUUCUUUGCACUUGUAAUGACAUUAACUCAAUCAUUAGGAACAGAAAUAUUGGGAAAGAUUUUUUUAUUUUUUUCAAUUACACCAAAGUCUCUGUCGCAAACUAAAAAGGAACGACCGCUAACCAAAAAGUUAUGCUGAAUUUCUUCUACCGUAAAUUCCUGAGAUUGAACAACAUAAUGGCAAAUUAAAGCCAUUUUAAUAUUUCUAUUCUUACCUCCGCAGCCGUCAGAAUAUAAUAUAACUUUCUUGGUCGUUAUAUUAUGUUUAAAAUAAUUCAUAAGACAUUGUGAUCCACGAGAUGCUAAUGAUUCAUCCCAUACAAACAUCGUGGCUUCAUUGCUCUGCAAAUUGUGGACUCCAAGACAGUAGGUCCAUAAUUGCCUUUUAUAAUAGGGUUAUACCUGUAGAGAUGACGGGCGUAGGCAAUGUUUUCAUCAGAUCGAAGGCUAUAACUGUAACUUCGUCUUGUGACAUUUGGGCAUCUUGACUCAUGGCAUCGCGUAGUUGUUGGGCUUUUCGUUGGUGAAGUUCUAGUUGAAAAUUUAGUUCCUUUUUCUUUCCUUCAUCUACUUCAUAUUUUAAUUUAUUUUGUAAAGUGUCACAUUUCUUGCAGGAGUCUACAAUAGGUGGGUGAAAAUGAAGAUCAAACUUACUGUUAAAUACAUCACGGAACUUAAAUUCUGACACAGGAUUAGCUGCUUUUUUCUUAUACUCGGUAUAAAGAAUUCUAAUAUUUGUAAUAUAUUUCUGUCCGUCUUGGCAUAAUGACGAACCACUGGCUUAACUUUUACUUGUGCAAAUAUGUAUCCGGUCUGUAAGUCGAAAUUAGCUAGUCCAUAAAAUUUAUUAAUUAUGAAUUUCUGACAUGAUUAACUUAUAACAUUGUAAUUUACAGCAACAGCCUGCAGGUAAAAACGAUUUAGCGGGAACAAUUUGGUUUUUUACAUUGGUAUAACUUUUACCACUAGCUCGAAAAUAUUUACGUUUGUUUUUUUUCCAUUCACUCUCGUUUCUCAUACGCUUUCUUGAUUUUUUUUACGCUUUCUUCUAAAAAAAAUUUUUUGAAAAACAUUGUUAUCAAUAGUAUUACUAGAAUCGCUCUCGGGUUCUGACUGUGAAAUUGAAGGCUGGUAAUCAUCAGAGUAAUCAAUCAUCUGGUAAUCAUUGUCUUCAAAUUCCGAGGUUUCUAAAAGUUAGGUUAGGAUUAGCUAAAUAUCGAUUUACUAAAGUUUAAAAAACAAAAACACCAACCUUCUAUUUCCUGGGAUGUCCCUGGACCUGAGCAACUAGUUGAGGCCAUAUUUUUUUAAACGAAACUCUAAUAAAUAAGUAUUUCUAGCUUUUUAAAGUAUUAAACGUUACCACGCGUAUCGUUUAUGAACUGGACUAACCCACGGUAAACCCAAUCUUUAUCAUAAAUACCAAAGCGGAUCAAGCCACAUAGUUCGCUCUGGCACCGAUUUAUCAUUAAGAUCGACAGGGUGGACCAUCCUAUUUAGUGGCGCCAUCUUAGUACGGGAGCCACGGGAAUUUCGCGAGUAUUGUUGGAAGGAAGUUGGCAAGGUGUUUUUUAUUAAUAUAUAGGACGUACUAAUUACGAAAAAUGAUCUUGCCACCUUCAACAAGUGGGGGCUUCACUAUAAAUCUUCUAUAAAUCUAUAUCGCUUACUGAUUACUAAAGUUGUCUUACUACCUCAAGCAACCUCAGCUACACCCCCCACCCCUUGUUAAAGGGACAUUUCUCUCACAAAUAUCUUCAAAAUUGUUUAAGAUCCAAACCUCGUUUUUACACUCAUACAUUUAUUGUCGCUUUAAAUUGAUAUUUAGCAAAAAAAGAGGUUUUAGAAUAUGGCGUAUAAUGCUUAUUUAAUACAAAAAUAAACUUAUGAAAAAUACACAACAUGUUUAUAUAAUGUUUAGGCAAUUUCAACCACCAUCUUAAGUCUUUGAGCGUAUUUAAGUUGGAUUUUGAUGAGUACACUUAGCAUAAAAAUCGCUCAAUUUCGGAUAAUAUUUUCUGCAAAUCAACUGCAAUAUUUUCAAGAUCUGCAAGGGCUCUUAAUAUGUUUUCAUCAGCAACCAAGAAUGUUUUGAAAAACGAAAGUUUUUCUAAAAAUCAAUGAAUUCUCAAAAAUAAUUUGGCAAUAGUUAAAAAAAAUGCAUACCUUUUCUAACAAAUCCCCCCGUAGUGUCGCAUCCAGAUAAAGCAUGAAAUGCGGGCAGGGUUUCUCUUUGAAGCAUCGAAAUUCUCUUUACUAUCUCUGAAACAUCUAUUAUUCUUUUAUGUGUCCCGGUACCAGUUUGAAAAUAUAUUUGGCAUCGUAAACUUUGGUAAUAUUUUACCAGUAGAAUAAAACCAUCAGUAUCUAAAAAAUUAAGAUAUAUUUACGUAAUGGUAAUUAGGAAAUAAUAAAUUUAGAACUUACCUGGCGAACACACUGUGAUACAUGUAGAGUUCUGAUUUAAUACAUUAUUUGAAACAUAUGCUGCAUGUAAAAUAAUUUUUGUGUCUGCUUCUUCUUGAUUGCUUCCAAGAGAGUCAACAAAUCCCGUUUCCUUAGAAAUGCAACUUAUUAAGCGCCGUCAGCAACUAAAUCCGUUGCGCGUCAUAGCCAUGUUAUCGAAAAAAAUGUGUUUUUUUUUGUAAACAAAAAGGCAUUGAAAUUGUGCUUAAAGAAUCCCCUGUUGACUUUUAGUAAAUUUGUAAAAAAAAAAAAAAUUUAGUUUUCUGUAAAUUGCAGGAGUGGGGGUGGAUCUACAAAAAAAUUGUCAGGGACAUUUUUUAUUUCAGAAGUGCUAAAAAACGUUUUAGUGACAAAACGAGUGCUCUAUCUAUAACGGUUUUGAAGUUACCAGAUUUUAAAGAAAUUUGCUUCAAAGGGGUGCGGAAGGGAGUAGCCCCACAAGCGGGGGAUGGCAAGAUCAUUUUUUAUAAUCAGUAAGUAGUGUAGAUUUAUAAAAAACAACUUGCCAACUUCCUUCCAACAAUGCCCGCGAAACCCAUUUUUCUGCCCGUGGCUCCUUUACUAUCUGUUAUAGGAUGCUUGCAACUCAGAUGGCUUCACUUUGGCUUUGAAAAUGUAAUAUGUAGUAUAGUAUCGAAAACACGCCUUAGUCCAAUAUCUAUGAUUUUGUGGGAUGGUCCGCUCUGGUUCUCAGCGCCUCAAAUGAUUUAUGACUAUUUUUAUUUAGUACAGCCCUGUUUACUAAGAACUGAUUUUGAGGGUUUAAUAAUGUUAGUGCAGGAUUAUCUCUAGGAUCAAAAUGUCAGUUGAAUGGAGUUUAUCAGUUUAGAGGAAGCAUUAUAGGACAUUUAAAAACCUCGAAAUCUUUAAAAGUGUUAUUGUUGUUUAAAAAAAUAAAUAUUAGCUAAUAAAAUUUUUUAAGGCUUACGCUUGCCCUUCUCUCCCUCUUCUACUUUAUUUUUGUGGACAAAAAAUAAAAACCUUCCAAGUUAACAUCCAAUAAAAUGUCAAAAUUAUCAUUUGGGUACUUAUUUAAUCUACCCUGUUUGGGAAGCAUCAAAUUUUAGUGCGCAGACAUUUACACCGAAAAAAAAGUCCACAUGACAUCAUUUGAUCCAAGUAUUAAAUAUUUAGUACACCCGUUGUAAACCUAGCUAUAGACAUUCUCACUAAGCAGUAGUGUUUGAUUUAUGGUUACAUAGUCGAGUAUUGUCGCAGUUAGGUGUUUAUGUCCGUAUCGAGUAAAUAACCCAUGGUCGGGUUAUAAAGUCAUAUAAUAUACACCACAAUAGUUUUACGUGUGAAAUAUUUGAAACCUGGAACAACCCUUACAUCAUUUGGGAGCAUAAUAUUUUGAGCUUUAGCCAUGGAUAUGCCAAGUUGUUUUGUCUAGUAAAGGAAUUUAGGUUCAUAAUUCCUGUAACUUAACUUUCUUAAUAUAUUUUAGUAUUUCUAAGCAAUGUAGUUGACGCAAAUCUGAUACUUUACUUUAAAAAAAGAGACUGUUAUUGCGAUAUAUUUUGUUUUUCCCAAAAAUUAUUUUUAAUAGUUUGGUAAUUAAAAAUUCUGAAAGUUUCACUUUUUUUUUUGUUUAAGAGGUCCCGUUACAUAUAGGUCCUUUUUUACUUCUGGUAUUUCUUUAUUCGCAAUCCUAAUAUUUCCAAGCUUUGGAAGUCCAUUUUGAAGUUCUAACGAUAUAAACAGUCCAAGCCUGAAUGAAUUGUUUGUGACCUAUUUUUUUUGUGUCUGGUUCACAUUUUGAUGGUCAAUGGUUCAAUCUAACCCACUAAAAUCUUAUAGGUCUGAAGUCUACAAAAAUGAUCGUUUAUUAAGGCAUGUUUAAGUGUAUUUUUUGUAUCUGUAUUUCUGGCUUAAACGCUAUUUCUGUGAAGCCCCUGAACUUAAAGUCAAAAUUUAUUAAAACAGUUCAAGCUGACUGUAACUGAAAAAAACAAUCAUCUUGAAAAAGAAUUCUAAACGGUUUACCCUAUACUAGUACAUAAAUGUAGUAAAAAUAGUCUGCUACCGAAAUGGCUUCCUCAAAAGCGACCAAAUUAUUCUACCGGUGUGAUACAUAUUAAGACUAUACAUACAUGCAUACAUACAUGCAUAAAACUAAAUGUUAUUCAAUUUGUUUUUUUUUCUAUUUUAGUUGAUAAAUUCGGUGCGUGCAUUUUGACACUUUUAAACCGGCAGUGAAAACGUGAAAAAGAAGAAGUGUUUCGAUCUUCCCAAGCCGCGCGGCGGCGCCCCCCGAGCGGGCCCCCCAGCGGCCUAGGUUAGGUAAAUUUAGGUAUUUUAUUUUUUGAUGAAGAUCUACAUAGGUAGUUGUACACUUAUACUGCAGAACGCGAGAAACGCUGCUCACAAACUAUUUAAAUCAAAUUUUUGAAACAAAUUCUUCCUAAUUCUUAAAUUAAAAAAAAAAACAUCCGUGUAAAGUAUUCAAAACUUCCGAAUGAAUAUUAUCGAGUGAUUUUUUUCUCGUUUAGUUCGACUGUAAAAAUGUACAGUUAUUUUUAUUUGUAUUUUUUUUUAUUUAUUGAUGGACACACGUUGUACCGGGGAAUGUUGCUAAUUGAUUGUUUGUUAUAACGCUAGAGGUAAUUGUCAUUGUUGAUAAUCGUUUCUUUGUUACACACUGAUUUUUAGCUCUGAAGUUGAUAGAAGAAAAUGUACUAGUGAUACUAGUUUUUAGCCGACUUUUUUGUUUAUUAUGCACCGUUUAUAGGGCAAAUUUUUCACUCGAUAUACAAGGUGUUUCAAGUUAUUAGUAUUAUACCAAGUGACACAGCAAAAAAGAAACACUUAAUAACUAUUUUACUUUUCAAGAUAAACAAAUAAAAUUUGGUAUAUUGAUGGAAUUGUUAUAAGAGCAUAUUUUGACAUAUUCAGUUGUUGUCUGAUUAAACCGGUGACAGUGACACUCACUUUCUUAUUUUAAAUGACACACUUGAUAUAUUAUUACGUAUUUCGAUAGAAAAUAAUAUUCUGAGAACAACGAUGCUACAUUUGCUACUUUUUGUUUUGUACUCAUAGAAAAAAUCAAUUUUUUAAAUUUUAAAAUAGGGUGCCAUGAUGAAUGCAUUAAAAGUUUUAAUUUUUAAUCGCUGUCUUUGUCAGUGCGCUUUUUGGGCAUGGAGGUUGGAAGUUCUCCUCAUUUUGGAGUUAAUGUUAGAAAAUUCUUAGAUAUGACUUUUCUGAGUCAUUAGAUUGGCAGAAGAGGGCAAAUUGACUGGCCAUCAAGAAGCCCUGACCUUGCGCCCCUAGACUACUUUCGAAAAUAUAAACGUCGUAUUAUACAAGAUAGAAUUAAAGCAGAAUGUGAAUUGAUAACUUCUGAUAUGUUAGAAGACCAAGCACAUACUUUUUAGUACCUUUUGUUUUUUUUUUCCAAUAUUCAAUUAAAUAGAUUUAUUGUUUGAAAACUGGGUACAGUAUCAUAUGAGUUUUUACAACUCCUCUUUUUAUUUAAAUUAUUACGAAUACCUUGCAUUUAAUGCCUAUAUCUCCGUAAAAUAAAUUAAGAGUUUACUUUUCAAUAAAGUAAUCAUGGAAAAAUCUAAAAAUCUAAAAAGUCACAAAUGUGACUUCCUUCCAUCGGGUAGCGUAAGGGAUAAUAACCGAUAAUAGCCCCGUUUUACGGUAUUAAAAUGUAAUGAACAUUAUGUUUCCGUUAUUACUUGAUUAAAAAUGUUUACCGCCUUCAUGGCACCCUAUUUUAAACUUUAAAAAAUCGUUUUUUUUUCUAUGAGUAUAAAGCAAAAAGUAGCAAAUGCGGUAUCAUUAUUCUCAGAAUAUAAUUUUCUAUCAAAAUAAUAAUAUACUAAUUGUCCUAUUUAAAAUAAAAAAGCGAGCGUCCUGUUAAACCUGAAGUAACGAAAAAUAACAGAAUAUGUCAAAAUAUGCUUUUAUAACUAUUCUAUUGAUCUACCAAAUUUCAUUUGUUUAUCUUGAAAAGGAAAAAAGUUAUCUUUUUCCUGUGUAACCCAGUAGAUGGCCAUCAUCAAUAAGAUAAUCCCUAAAAUACCACCCUGGUUAGGAUCUUUGUCUUACACAUUGGAGCCUUAUGUGAAAUACAAUGUGAGAGACAAGGACACAGAAAAAGAUUCAUGUUGUUUUAUUUCUAAAGAAAUUUUACUGUUAUUAAUGGUUUCUCUGAGGGAUUCUAAAAAGUACCCAAAUGUUAAAUUGAUGAUGGAUUAUUGAGCCCUAACGUAAAGUAUUAAAUUUAAUCCUAAUAAUUUAGCAUAUAUUUCUUUUUCUACGCAUUGUUAUGGGGCAUAGGUUAAUCUUUUUCUAAUACAUUAUCUCAGGUGUAAAAAAGAAUCAUGGUUGAAUUUAAAAAAAAUUAAUUAUGGAUGUACUUAACUAAGCCGAAAAGUCGGAUUUUAAUUAAUUAAAAAAUCAUAUUUUGAUUUAAAAAAUUUUUUUGAAUCUUUGUCUUACACAUUAAUAUUGGCAAAAGGCUGUCCUGGUCCAACACAUUCUCUUUAGUUCGAAAAAAUAUGACAGGAUUAUUUUAAAGUUGAUGAUUUAAAAAAACUCGAUAUUAAAUCGUCGGUUUUGUUUAAAAAAUUAAUGUUUCAUAUCUGGCUUCCUGUUACACAUUAUUAUUGGCACUAGUCUGUCCUUCUAAUACAUCAUCUUAAGUCUAUAUAUAUGACAUAUAACAAAAAAAUGUGAGGAUCGUAUUUUGAUAAUAAAAUGAUAUUUUUAAUUCUAAUUAAUAUCUGAGAAAAAGAUAGAUUAAAGAAACGUAUAAGAAAAGACAGUUGCUUUAAAAAAUCCGAUGAUGUCUCAAAGCAGCAGAAACGUCAGAUAUAGCCUUCUUUAUCGUAUACAUUUUUACUAGCUACUUAUGGUUAAGCCGAAACGUUGAAUAUUAAAUUUAAUAUUAUUUUGUUUAAAAAAAUUAAAACUUGCAUAUCUCUCUUUGUCUUACACAUUGGUAUUGGCAUAAUGUUGUCCUUUUCUUAAAACAUUAUUUAAAAGAAAACGUCGGUAUGGUAUUUUUAAAAAAUUGAUGAUUAACUGAAAAAACUGUUAAACCCAUAUAAUCCUGAAUUAUCUUUUUCUGAAAAAUCACGUUAAAACCCAUUAAGUGAGUUUACAAUGGUGCAAAUAGCUGGGGCAAAAUGUUUAAAAAAAAAUCAAAUAACAGUUUUUUAAAUAAAGGGGGUCCUUUUAAAAGGACCGUAGGUAUAUACAUGUCUAAAAGAGUAAAACAACGUUGAAAAAAAAUUUAUUGACUUAAACAAUAUUAUUACAAAUAAAGUAAUUUUAGAAAUUACAUAGUGUGAAAUUGACGGAAACAGUCCUUGGGGUGCAGUCCAAUAUUUUUCCGCAUUUUUCACAUUGAAAAUUAGCCUUUUUGCGGCAAACUCCACACUUUCUUUGGUUGGUUUGGUAGACCACCAUAUGAUCAAUUCGAUCAUAUCGAGAAUGUUCUUUGUAACUCCCUGAUCUUCUUGAGGCCCCACGACUAUUAUACAUGUGUUUCUAAUAGUUCAACGGCUACGGCUCUUCUGAAUGCUAAUUGAUCGAGUUUGCCCCCAUCAAAUAUGUGUGCAAAUACCAUGCAUUCUGAGUGGCCAUAUCAAUACACUGACUAACCAAUGGAAAAUACCAUUUUUUCGCUCUUAUUGAUGUGCGGUAUUGCCCAAUAUUUUGAUCGCUGCGAUCGACACCCCCCAUAUUUUCGUUGUAACCUUUUAUUGGCUUAGGUUGAUCAAUGUUGUUUUUCUUUUUGUGAGAACUUCUUUACUUUAUUUGUUGGCAGUAUGCAAGAAGCGUUAGCAGCAAUGGUUAUAACAUUAUUAUCGUUCCAUCAUCGAGAAAUAACUAAUUCGUUGUCCACCAACAAUGCAUACUGGUAAUCACCCCUGGAUUUUUUUUUGAAAGCCUUUACAUCAGUCAAUGGGCACAUUGGCAGCCUGUUAUCUCGGAUGGUUCCAGUAGCUCUUAAUUUUCUAAAUGUUAGUUCUUUUAUUAGUGACAAUGAUGUAAAGAAGUUGUCAAAAAAUAUGUGAAAAUUGCUAAAUCCUGUCGAUUCUAAGAUGUCUGCAUACUGUAAGACUACAGAUGCGCCGAGUGGACCGUUGAUAAGGUUCAAAAUACAUUAUGUAUCCCAAACGAGUAGUUCCUACUCAGAAUUUAUAACCCCACCGUAUGGGUUUUCCCUUGAUGAACUGUUUGCAGCCAUGGCGCCCAAAAUAAGGCACCAUCCACGGAAUGGUUUUCUCCUAUUGGAGCAAAUUCUAAAAAAUUUUUAUUUAGUUCAUGAAGUAGUGGUCUUAUUUUCGCAAAUCGGUCAUCUUUGUCUAAAUUAUUGUUGUCAACGCAAUGAAAAUUGCUCAUCAAAUACUGGAAACGAUCGCUCGAAAUCGAAGAAGAAAUGAGUGUGUUAUUUGUAUCUGCGGAAUUUUGCCAGUACAUUUUUUUCCUAGACACGCUGCAGUACCCACUUACAAGUAAAACUCCAAUAAAGCAAUAUAUGUCGUCACCUGUUACAUCCGCUUGACGAUUUUUUUGUGCGGCAUAUAAAUUUGUACACUGAACAAUUUCUUCAAUAAGAUUUUGAUCAAAAAAAGAUUUAAAAAGACUUGCAGGAGAACGGUUGUUGUUCUGUGUGUGAGAAACAGGACUCCAGGCUGGCAAAGUUUCCUUCAAAUCUUCGCCAAGCAAAUAGUGAAAAAUUUUAAUUUUUAAAAUUUUUCUUUGAACAAGUCUAGAUAAAGGCAAGUCAUCCUCGCCAUCCCACUCACCUUCUACCACAUUUGCUAUUUGACCUUGCUUAGCUCCUAUAUCUGCUUCUGCUAUCACAUCGCCAUUUCCCCCACCAUCUUCUUAAUUUUCACCCAUAAGAAUUUCUACAGUUCCGCGCAACUGCGAUCCUGGUAAAUUAUUCAAAACGACGUCAUUUUCGUCCCCGGAAUCUUCGUCCGUGUUAUAGUCAUUGGGGUUUUCAGGUGGAAAAAGAAUAAUUUCAUCUGGGAUAUCCGCAACGUUGUCGAUGUCCUCAAUUUCUUGUAGUCUUGAGUUCAUUUAACGAAAGUUUUUUUUUUCCAAAAUCUAAAACAAAAUAGUGCAUUUAGUCAAUUUUACCUUUUUACUUAUAAAGUGUGUUUAAAAAGUGGAUAGUAUCCCUUAAACCUACAGUCCUUUUAAAAAGACCAGAUAGUUCAGGGACACAUAAACUCAAACUUUGCUAUAUUUUUGUAAUCAUCACAAAAGAUUAUAAAAAUACAAUGUUCGCUUUAAAUUUUCUAUACAAAAAAAACAUGUUAAGUAUCAUAUUGUAAACGUAAACUUACCUUCUUCUUUCGUAUGCACUUAUUUUUUUUCGUUUUAUUUUCGCUCCAAUUUCAAUUUUGCUACAACUGACAAAAUACACAAAAUAUAACCUCAAAACGUGCAAUAAUGGAUAAACAGGUGUUCUGUUUUGAGUACUACUACUGCCACCUAUGUAAUAGAAGCUGAAACGCGCCUACCUGUCAAAAACGUAAACAAUGUUUUUCCUCCUUUUAAAAGGACCAGCGGUUCAAAUGGGUUAAACUGAAACGUCGAAUAUUAAGUUUAAUAAUAUUUUGCUUAAAAUCUUUUUUUGUCUGACCCAUUGUCUUUUUCUAGGACAUUAUUUUACGAAAAGUACUAAACUAAUUAUUAAGGUCCUGUAUUAUUAGUAAAUCCUCCAAAAAUGUCAUAAAAUAAUUAUUUUAAUUCAAGCUAAUAUCUUAGAUAAAUUCAGACUUAAGUCAAAAAUAACAUACCGGGUGAUGCAAAAUGCAUCAAAUCUUUUCAAAAAGUCCCUACUAUUGUUUUGGAUCCUCCUUGAAAUUUUCCAUUUCAAAAAUGGUGCAAACUCAGUUUUAGGGAAAAAUUCAGCGGGGCUUACUCUUUUUAUGGCCCAUGUCUUAUGUUUCCUAUAAGGAAAGUGAAAAUCUAGAACACCGCCUAACUAGCCAUGAAACAAUCAUGAAAAAUUAUCGCUUUUUCCAUUUUUUUUUUAAUAAAAUUACGUUAAUUUGGUAAAAAUUAAAUUAGUCACAACCAAUUUCUCGAAAACGCUUAAUUAUAUCAAAAAAAUGCUAGAGACAAAAUUUUUAAAUGUCUAUGGCUAACUAGAUUGUGUUGUGUUAACUAGGUGUUACUGGAUUUUUAAAUUUCUUAUAGGAAACGUAAGAUACGGGCCAUCAGAAGGGCGAGCUUCCCUGAAUCCUUCCCUAAAAUUGAAUUUACAUCAUUGCGACGGAAAAUUAAAAAAAACUUAAUUAAGAAAAAUUAAUGUUAUGAUAAUUGUAGUUAUGGUUCCAAAUAAUCGAUUUUCUUCAAACAAUUCGCGUGGGCUAUGAUUCUGAGGAGGGGCAUUUUAGGAUACAUGUUUAUAGGAAAAAAACCUCUUAUUUCAACUUCAACAAUACGCUCUUAAAAUAUUUCCAUCGAAUUUUGUAACACCUUGUAUAACAGAAAGUUACUUUGAAAAACCCUAUGCAGAAAACGUCAAAUAUUUUGUUUGACGCAUUUUUAUUAAUAUAAUGCAACAUUACGGAAACAUUGGUUUCUCGAACAUUAAAUUUCGCUCUAAAAUAUGCGGGGCGGCAUUUGAUUUGGACACCCUGUAUAUAGUAGACCCGAAACAAAAAAAGAACUCCCGUUACAACGCGUGGCCAUCGAUUAAUCGACUUGUAUAUUGACAUUCCAAUGUCCCGAUUUGAUUAUUUAUUAUUUUAUUAAUUUAAUCAACGAAAUGUCACUAUUUAUACAAUUUUUUUUAUAUAUGGUAGUGCAAUUUUUUUUUGAAUUUCGUUUCGUUUUGUUUAUUAGGAUAAAACCGGUUUUCGAAAACAAAAUGGACUGAUGACAAAAAAUAUUUAAUUUAAAAGAAAAUAUUAUUGUUAAAAAAAAAACAAAAAAACUACUACUACUAGCGUGCCUCCGUGCCCGAGCGGGCGGCUGGCGGCCGUGCCGCUGUGAUUUUUUAAUACUUUCAGUCAUGUAUAGUAAAUAAUAAUAAUAAUAAUAUUAGAGAUGCAUUUUAGAGGAUGUUGCCAGCAGCCCGGUCCGGGACGGAAUUUACUUAUACGAUUAAAUAGCCAAUGAAGUAGUUUUUGGCGGCUCAGACUCCUAUAAUAUAAGAAAAAUCUUCACGUAUUUAUGAAAUUUCACUAAGUAUUCCUUCUAGAUACAUUCUUAGCAUACCUUUGUUUUCAUCCAAAGAGGAGCUUUUGAGGUGUCACAACUUGAAUGAGAACUAUACACAAAAAAAAAUUAUCAGAAAGAUCCAUCAACAAAAUAUAUGUUUGCUAUGUCGCAACAACACACGUAUUUGAAUUCAUUUGAGAAUUUACUUUAAAACAGUUAAUUUAACAAAAACACACACACUAAAUUAUAAUUGAUUAAAUUAAGUGCUAAUUUAGUUGAAGCAUAAUUUGCAAGAAAUAUGCCAACAUUAUUGAAAUACUUAUUCCAAAUAUAUGUUUGAUACCAAAGAAUGAAAAAUUUAUGACAAAUAAAUAUAUAUUUGAUCAUCUAGGGUAAGUCAGGGAGAGAUGGCCAGCUUUUUGAAAAUCUUAACGGAUCGACAUAAAAUUCAAAGCUGAAACCCAGGAAAGGUCAUCAAGAAGUGUAUCAAUCAAUAUGCGAUUAGUACAUUAAACUGCUAAAUUAAGUUACUUAGUUAUUUUAACUAUUCCAGAAAAAUAGAUGUGAAUUGGCCAUCUAUCCCUUAUUGUACGGGUGAGAUAGCCAGGUCGUAUUUUUGCUGAUAGGGAGAGAUGGCCAGUUUAUUUUCUUCCAUUUAUCUUGACUUUUCUUUUGAGAAACUGGUACACUGGUCAUGUAGCCGACGGCUACACGAAACGCACUGUAUCCAAUCGUCCUUCCCUUUAGUUGCAAAAUAGUUUUCCAGACAUCCAACGCAUUCAUUUUCAUCGAAAUUGUCUUCUUCGCCAUCGCUUUCAAAAACCAUCUCACCUUCUGAUUCCGAACUCGAACUGAAUCUAUUUGAUUUUUGUGGAAUCUUACGUGAUAAUUGUUUCUUUUGGCUUAUUUCUUUGGGUUGUGCAUUUUUUCUUCGUUUUAAACAUCUUUCUCUAACAGCAUUAAUAUUUUAUUGUAGUCAAAACAGCUCCUAGAUUUUUCGAAGCUUUUUUAACCUUUUUUGGUAAAGUUGGAACCGAAGAAAUUUAUUCCAAAAGUGUAUCAGGGGUAAUAUCUGUUUUGGACGUACUUGGUAUCGGUAAGGCUUCUUCGCGUGUCUGCUGAGAAGUUGUUGAAAGUUCGGUAAUUAAUUGUCCUUUCUUGGCUAUUUUAAUACCUGCUUCAGCACUUGUAGGUGGUUGCGGUUCACACGCCAACAGCUGAAUAUUAUUGCAUGUCAACUUUUGUGAAUUUUCUCCAAUGAGAUCUGAAACUGAAAAGGCAUGGUCCGGUAUUGCAGAAGGGUUAAAUAAGUAAAUUCCACAAGAUUUAAAUCCUGAGACCGCAUUCGAUACUGUGCACGCUCUUCCUCAACUCUCUGAAAGCAUUUGUCCAAAUUGUAGUCUGGUUAAUUUUCUUCCAGGGUUAGCACGAACCCACUGGUGACAAGCAUUAUAAAAAUAUGAUUUUAAUGAUUUAAAUACUGCCCUAUCUAGCGGUUGCAAGUAAUGCGUUGUGUGACUUGGAAGACACAGCAACAUUACAUCAUUAUCUCGCGCUACUUCGAGCAAUUCCACUGAAGUUCAGUGCGAAUCGUGACCAUCCAAGAUCAGCAAGACUUUACCAGCGGGCUUUCGUGGUAUAAAAUGUAAAAUGGUCUUUAAGCCACAUAAUAAAAAUGCUGGUGUUAACAUACGCUGAUUUUUCUGACAUAUAAAGAACCGACCCGGGUGGCAUCCCAUCUUCAUAUGCUGCUUUCUUAUAUUUGCCUUUCAUUAUACAAGCCGGCGGAAGAAACAUGCCUUCAGCAUUGCAACACGCGAUGCAAGAUAUUGUUUCCCCCGUUUCAGUGCACGUGGUCAUAGACACACUUUUAGAACCCUUUUCGGCAACAAUACCAGUACGGUUGGUUAUUCAUUUGUAGCCCCGUCUCAUCGGUAUUAAAAAUAUACCCUGGUUUAUUAAAAAUAUCAUUUUCUUCUAGGGUGGUUUGGAGCAAUUCAAAAUAGUUCUCAACGUCUAACCUAUUCAUUCCCUGAUUUCGUGCAAUUAAUACUCCUUCUGCUUUUCUUAAGCAUAAAUCUGGAUGCCGGCGUAAAAAAGAGCUAAACCAGUCGUAACCUGCUCUUUCUUUCUUUCUAUUGAACCUAUCCGGUAUCCAACAGGGUUGGACAUGUCUUGGGUAAAUUUUUGAUUUGUCUGUUGGGCUUUACUCGGCUAAUUCUAGCAUUAUCCAAUAUUCGCGUUUUAGCCGUAACAUAUACACUAUACUUGCCGUAAAUAGAUAUUCCUUAACAGAAAUCGUGUUUUGUGCCCAAACAGUUUUUCCAAAUCAAAUUAUUAUUAUGACUAUGAUGCAAACAAACAAAUGUCUCUAGAUACUUUUUUGCAAAGUCACUUACAAAAAUACUUGAUUCUGACACUUCUCCUUCUGGUCCCAGUAAGUUGGCAAUUCCUCUUUUCAAUCUUAACUUAUCACCAAUACAUUCAGAAGCUCUAUUUCAGUAAUCUUCUGUUCUAAAAAUACCGCAGGAGAAGUAUAGGUAUUUAAGGUUUAAUUUUAAAAAAAUUGUAAAUUCCUAUAAGUUUUAUAUUGAAUAAUAAUCUAAUCUUUUAGUAUGAAUAUAGCUUAUGAGUCCUUGAAUACUAAGGUAAAAAACUUGGUUUAAGGCUUAUAUAAUCCCAAAUAUAGUGGUUCUGCUUUUAUCAGAUAUGGCAUUGAAACCUUUUAAAUUGACACAACAUUAUGUAUUACCUGUCUUCCUACUUCUAAGUUCUAAGAAAUGUUUGCAAGAAUAACAAAACGGUAUUUUUCCAGAAAUCAUUUUUGAUUACAUUAUUUUUCCCAAAUUCUUAUGAGCAUUUGUUCUAAAAUAAUUUAUUAAUAUUACACACACAUAUUCGUCAUGCGACACUAAACUGAAAAUUUAGGUUACUUGGUUAAGGUGCAAAAAUAAAAAUGGGUGAAUAAUGCCAACUUCACCUCAUCAUUUAGCAACCUCAAAAAUUUACUGAGAAUUUAUACACCCAUUAAAUAAAGAGUAAAAAACAUGCAACGAAAAUAAAAGAUACAAAAAUAAAAAAUAACCACGUCGAGAUGGCGAUGGCAUUUUGCGUUUCACCUAGAGAUUUUACCGAUUAAUACAAAAAAUAUUCAACUUACCUUCAAAUACAGCAGCUUAAUGGCUGAGAUUGUUUUUAAGUGGAAAUUUUCCAUUUUGUCACCAAAAAACUACAUAUAAUCGACAAAGCGAACACCCACGCGUUUUAUGCAAAAUGAAGGAGGAAGGAGUACCGUAGGAGGAAGAGAGACACAGAUUCGUGCGUUUGGCAGAAUAGUUUAUAACAAAGAAGUACAUUUUUAUAUAUUUGGGUCAAAUAUAUCGACUGUUAUAAAGUAAAAAUACAUUAAUUUAGAAGAUAUAAUGAGAUAUUAAAAACAAACUAGCAAAUGUUUAGAACUAAACCUGUGAAAAAAUACUUUAAUAACAAAUUUAAAACAAGUUACCAUUGAUUUGAAUGAAUUAAAUAUAUGGUGUAUUUAUAGGUCAAAUAUGUAAUUUAUUUAAUGGUGCUGUAUUAAUUUUUUUCUGUGUAUGGUCAGUAAAGAGCCAAAAAUAUUUAAGACAAUCCAUUUUUUUAUAAUAGAACCAACUAGUUCUUAUUUUCCUUGGUUGAAGUGUUUUGGUUCUGCGCUAAUUGCCCAGGAAAAAAUGACAACAUUAUUUGAAACGUUAACGCUAUCCGGUUUGAAACGAAUUCAUUUAUCUCAAUUUUAAGUUCGUUCCCUAAAACUGACGCAACUGAGUCAAAUCUAGUGAAACCGUAAAUAAAUACGUGAAUAUUUCUCUUUUUUUUUUUAUAGGUAAAGAGCUAAAAUAUCGAGGCUAACAGGAAAAAAUGUGUGCUUCAGAUUACUUUAAAAUCGUGCCUUUUCAGAGAGUCCAUUGACAGGGAUAAACUGAAAAAAAAAUAUUUUAAUAUAUUUUUUUAAAUCUCGGUGUUUUUCCACUGAAACCGAAUACAGAAUUUUUAAAUUUAUAGCUCUGUGUGAUAGGAAAUUUGAGUGUAUUUGUUUUUCGUUAUUCUCGGUCGAUAAGUUUAUUAAUUCGGUCAAAUUGAUCGCCUCGCGAGAUCGGGGCGACCGGUUUCUUCGAAUUUCAACUCGUAUAUAGAGGCCAGGGUUACCCGAGACACGACGCUUUUUUUACAUCUGCUAUUGCAGAGCGGCGUCUUAAAAAUAUUCAGUGUAUUCACGUUACGUGUAGGUAAGCUAUAAUAUAAUAGGCAGUUUGGGAAUGUGCCAACUGAACCAAAUUGACUGGAAACUACCCCGACUUGUUGGAAUUCGCUCUCUUAAAUGAGAUCCCUUUAACCUCAAUUAAUGCCAUUCUCAUGCAGACUCAGUGUUUUCUUUUUUUCAAGAGAUUUAUUGUUAGAUGCUGCGCUAAUUUAUUUAUUUUUUAAAUUGUUCAUAGCUGUUGCAAAUUUUAUUAUGUCUUAUUGAGAUUUAUUGAGGAAAACGUUUGGACAAAUACGUUUUAAUAGCGGAAUGCAUUAAUUGAGUGUUAUGUGGCUUUAAGGGACAGGUUCUUUGAUCGGUUUUAAAGAAGUUUAUAUUGGUGUAUUAGUUGCUAAUACGUUUGACCCUUUCCAUUCUGAUAAAUAAUACGUGCAUUGAUACCCCUCUAUCAUUUUCUUUGAAAAUCAAUUUGCCAAGAAUCAUCCGUUAAAGGCCUUGACCAAGUGAACGUUCCUAAAGGGAAAUUUUUAAUUUAGUGAUCACUUCAGUUUUUAUUGCAAGGUGUUUCAUCAAUCAGAAGAAAUAAGUGAUUUAAAAAUUUUCCUAAGGCUGAACGUGUACUUCUGUGUACUUCCAACACUCGAAAUGUAAGGGAGGGAAGAGAAGUGUUCUUUUAUAACACAAUAAUAAUCACCCUCGUGAUGUCAUUAAGGGGCAACAAUUGAUCAAUAAGAUAAGUUCAUUACGGUAUAGAGACAAUGAUUAUACGCUACCGGAAGGGCGUAUAGAUUAGCAUCUAGAAGAACAAACGACUACCUAUUAAAAAAAAAAAAUUGAUUCAUGAUCGCGAAAUGUGUUGAUCAUAUUGUAAAAAGUAUGCGAAAGCAUUUGGUAAGCUUAGAUUUAGCUUCUAGUUCUUAGGAUUAGUACUUAGUCGUAACUUUAGUUUCUUAGGUUUAAGGAAAAUUUAGAUUAUAGGUUAGAUUUUAACAAGAAUUAAAUACUGGCUGAAGUAUGGGAAUUUUAAGUUACUGUUUAUACAUAUAGAUAUAUUUAAAAAAAAAUGACUGGGUUAUAGUCGUACCGUUGCGACGAGAUUUCUAUUGAUUUGUCGCAUGCGUGUUAUGGCUGGCUUCAGACGGUACGUGGUGCGUCCUCAUAUUUUGGCCAACGUUAGGAUAGUUGAAAAUUUAGUCAUAAGAAAGUGUUUUUGUUAUAAGUUAAAGUAUUUUUUUUUGUUUUUAUUUUAUAAGUUUUUGUGUUGGUGAAAUUAAAACUGUAUUUGUCCAAAACGCA